AUGGAGUGUAAAUAUUUUACAUAUGUUUUAUUCAUGUUGAUAUUUUUUACUGAUGAUUUAAUCGGUGAAAGAAAAUAUUAUCCAAAUCAUCCAUUUGGUGAAUAUAAAUUAAAGUUCCUAGGAGCGUUCAUUUGUAAUGAAAGCAUAAACUAUCCUAUGAUGUUUAACUUACACUUAUCACGGAUUUCUGAAACCAAAAGGGUCUUAACGGGCAAAAUAAUCCUAAGAAUCCCAUUUGACGACUCUUUGACCUUCCACUUAAACAUGGCGGUAUUAGAUAAGAUUGGCGGAUGGAAGUACAAUGCGUUCGUUUACAGACAACCUUACGGUUGUAGUAGCUUCAAGAAAAUGAUGGGACAGGUUUGGUUGCCAUUCUUGCGUAGCUUUGACAAAUCAAUAACCGAUUGUCCAAUCAAUAUCGGCAAUGCUUCAUUAAUUGGGUUUGAUUUGUCUCUACUAGAAAAGUCUUAUUUUCCCAAAAAAUACUUUUAUGGAACUUACAAGUUGAAAAUACAAUACACAAACAAAGAGGACGAUAUUGUUGGUUGUCUAAUCUUAGUUAUUGAGUUUGUAAGACCCUGGGAAUAUAAUUUAUAA